UCCCCCCCUCCGCCAUUAUCCUGAAGCUAUCUGGACAAUGCUUAAACCAGCAGGCCCAAUGUUUGGAGACAAAAGGAAGAGGCGGGUUGGAAUUGUGGGCUAUGGACAUCUAGGCCAGUAUCUGACAGAACGAAUUCAGGAUGAAGGCUUCCAACAUGGUUUGGAAUUGGCUUUUGUUUGGAAUCGGGAUGCCAGUAAGAUGGAGGGCACUGUACCAGUGGGGCUGAGGUUGGAGAAGUUGACAGAUUUUUCACAAUGCCAUCCAGAUGUCAUUGUUGAAGUGGCACAUCCCUGCAUUGUCCAGGAUUAUGGGGACUUCUUCCUUAAAGCUGCAGAUUUUAUGGUCGGGUCACCAACAGCCCUAGCAGAUGUGAACACUGAUCUUAGAUUACGUGAAGUGGCGAAAAGGACGGGUCACACUCUCUACAUCCCCAGUGGGGCUCUAUGGGGUGGUCAAGACAUUCAAAAGUUGGAUGAUGCAGGGAUGCUCCAGGCAUUAACAGUCACCAUGACUAAACACCCGGACAGCUUCCGGUUGGGUGGGUCUCUUGGGGAGCUUGCAAAGGGAGCCCAUGAGGAAAGAAAGGUGCUGUACAAUGGCCCUGUGCGGAGUUUAUGUCCUCUGGCCCCCAACAAUGUCAACACAAUGGCAGCAGCUUGCAUUGCUGCUCCAAGUCUGGGCUUUGAUGGUGUGAAAGGUUGCCUUGUAGCAGAUCCCAACCUUCCCAACUAUCAUGUGGUGAUGAUUGAAGCAACAGGCCCAGGGGGCUUCUCAGUCAGCACCAGUCGCAAGAACCCAGCUGCUUGUGGGGCUGUCACGGGGUCAGCCACCUUUGCUACUUUCUGGAGCAGCCUAUUGGCAUGCCAAGGGCAUGGAGGCCGAGUCUACCUAUGCUGAGUUUAUGAGAUUUCUUCCUAAGAGGAUUUACAGAAGAUAUCUGGAAGUAAUUACAAUGGAAUGGGAAGACCAAGAAAGGUAGCAGCAUCUCAUUAAAGGAAGCAGAAGAAACCUACUCAUACAUCUUGGAUGGUUUCAGUUUGUCAGUCAAAUAAAUCAACUUUCUCCAGUCUGAACACCUUGCAAGUGUGCAGACCCCUUUAACCAGCAGAAUGAUUGCUGAGAAUUUUGAGAGUAGAGGUCCACAGAACUGAAGCAGUGCUGAAAAUGAGGGAAGUUGCGAUGGUGGGAUUUAUUUACCUUCCCUACCGGUUUGCAAAUGUGAGUGCACACGCCACCUUCUGCACAUGUAUAGAAGGUUGUGCAUUAUGUUGGGGCAGGUGGGCAGAGUCUCUCACAGCCGUGGCUACCGGUUCACCCGAAGCAGAGCAGACCAGUGAAUACCACCUCUGAGAAGCUAAUAAAAUAACUCAUAAGCUUUUGUCUAUUUCCUCAAAAUCAGUAUUUCCCAAUAUGGCAUCUUCCAGAUGUGUUAGGAGUACAUCUCUUAUCAUUCCUGCUCAGCAUAGUAGCUGAUUGGGUGCAUUGUUGGGGGCUGUAGUCCAAUAUCUCUAGUGAACUUGGAUAAGUUCACUAGAGAAUACUGUCCUAAAUAUGGCUUUUGCUUUCCAAGCUGACAGUGCUUUUGAUUCUAUCAUCCUUCUGGGUUCCUUACAUUGUCUACAAAAAUAAAGCCAGUUUGGUUGAGUGGGUAAGCCACUAGGCAAGAAACCGGAAGACACUGAGUUCGAGAGAGGUUUUAUGCAUGACAGUGACUUGGGGUUAGUCACUUUCUCUCAGCCCAAUCCACCUCACAGGUUUGUUGUUGCAGGGAUAAUAGGAGGAGAAAGUAGUAUUGUGUGUGCCAGCUGCCUUGAGUGAUUUACAAAAAAUAAUAAAUGUGACAUGGGGAUAAACUGAUUCAAAUGAGACAAAGUUCAGUUGCUGGAAUUCUUGCAAUCCUAUCUCAUUCUUUGCAAUAAAUCUUGUUAAAGAGGCACGGUGACAAUUGUGCUUAGGAAUAUCAUUUUUGCUUUUAGCUGGAUGCUUAAAGAUCUGACAAUAUGUUAUUUGAGAGCAGGUUGCAUUAUUCUUAUCAGAGGGAUGUCUCAAGGGAGCUUCUCCUGAAAUUCUGAGCAUUUUAGAACAGAGCAGAACUACAAGUCCUGAAAUCCAAGGGCCCCCAUGUGGCCUUACAAAGCUAUGAAUGCCUCCCAAAGUUGUUACCAAAUUGUCAUAUUUAAUAUAAUAGGUGGAAGAAAUAUAAAACUCACGAGUAACAGAUAAUCUAAUCUAUUAUAUUUGAGUUUAGUUUAUAAUAAAAUUUUAUUCAUUACUAUACUUCCAGGGUGAAAAGAUCACCCAGUAACUCGCUGUUGCCUGAGGAGACACCCAGCAGGAAGCUCUUUUCAUGUCCCUUUAAUGAGCUUUAAUGGUACCUAUUUAUACUCAUGUUUUUACGCUUUUGAACUGCUAGGUGGGUAGGAGCUGGAGCAAAUGACGGGAGUUUAUCCAGUCACACAAUAGCACUUGGGUUUCAAAUGUGAGUUGCAAAUUUUCAACCCAGCAUCGUAAUCACAUGAGGCACCACUCUCCUUAUUCAUUAGUAUAGAGAGUUAAUUCAAAUGUAAUUCUUAUCCUGAUCCUAUUCACUACUGCAAGAUGCAUACCAAUGAUAGGCCCAAAUGCAGCUCUCAGAUUUAAGAAAGGACAUCCUGGUUAGAGAGGUGGGGAAUGACACUUGGUGAUACUUAACUGCAACACGAGAAGGUCAGCCAGUCUCAUAGUGAA